AUGGGGUCGAUUCAGCAAACUGCUGCCACGGAGGCGGGAUCCACAGCGUUGAAACCCCAGGAACCAAUAGCCGAUGAUGACCUGGACCUGAUGCAGUUGACUGGACACAAGCCUGUGUUGGAACGUAACUAUAGUCGCUUUGCCCUCCUUGCCUUUUCUUUCAUGAUUGUGGACUCAUGGUCCGGGAUAAUUGGCUCCCUUGCUGCCGGCAUUUCCAGCGGUGGCACGGUUAUGUUGAUAUACGGUUCUAUUGCCGUUACCAUUCUAACUCUCGCUGUGGCAGCCUCCUUGGCUGAAAUUGCGAGUUCCUAUCCCACUUCCGGUGGCCAGUACCAUUGGACUGCCGAGCUUGCACCUCAAAGAUGGAGCGCGGUCUUGAGUUGGUAUUGCGGAUACUUCAAUGUCAUCGGCUGGUGCGUCGUUAGCGCCUCCAUCACCAUUGUUCUCGGUCAAUUCCUUAUGGCGAUGAUAAUUUUGAAGCAUCCUGAUAUCGAAUAUGCACGUUGGCAGGGCUUUGUCAUCUAUGAAAGCCUCAACUUAAUUUUCACCCUUAUCAAUAUCUACGCGCAAAAAGUCCUGCCCAUCAUCCAUAGCAUGGGCUUCUACAUCUGCAUCACUGCAUUUUUUGUUGUCAACAUGACCAUGAUUGGCUCGGCCUAUCCUAAAAAUUCAGUACAGUUUGUUUUCAGCACCUUCACCAAUGGGACGGGCUGGAAGUCGGACGGUGUUGCCUUUAUCGUUGGUCUCACAGCGCCAGCCUUUUCUUACGGUGGCCUUGAUAGCGCCGUCCAUAUGGCCGAAGAGAUGAAGGAUGCGCGUCGAAACCUUCCAUUCAUUAUCAUGAGUACAGUUUGCAUCGGCUUCUUCACAAUGAUUGUCACAUGUAUCACAAUAUCAUUUUGCAUUCGCGACAUUGACGCAGUCCUCGCCACGACCACCGGAGUCCCGAGCCUUGAGAUCUUCUACCAAGCCACCAGAAGCAAAGCUGUAUCCAUCUUCCUUUUGAGCAUCAUGUUGUAUCUCGCUUGCGCUGCAGUCAUUGGCUCCCAGCAAACCGCAAACCGCUUGAUCUGGGCCUUUGCUCGAGAUGGUGCCUUGCCCUACAGUAAUCAACGCAAAGUCCCAGUUAAGGCGGCCCUCCUUUGCUGGUUCAUUGUGGCCGUUCUAGGCUGUGUCUACCUCGGAAGCUCAACGGCAUUCAACGCAUUGGUGGGCUGCAACGUCUUGCUUGCUAAUAUAUCCUUCGCAUUUCCCAUUGCUUUGUUGCUAUUCGGACGUCGCAAGCAUCUCAAGCCAUCACUUUUCCCCUUGGGAAACGUCCUCGGCCCAGUCCUCAAUUCAAUCGCGCUCAUCUGGAUUGUUUUUAUGGUAAUCUUCUUCAACAUGCCAUUUACUAUGCCAGCAACGGCAGGAAAUAUGAGUGAGAUUGUCAUCUUUCUAAGAUCAAAUGAUUUGUAUUGA